GGGGAACGGGGCGUGGCUGGGCUUGUUCGUGGGCUGCGUGUGGCUCACCGAAACCUGGAUCGUGGGUUUAGGGGCUGGGUACACGCGGUCCUGAGAUCCGGGCCGGCGGGUGUGGGAGAUGGCGGCGCGAUGGAGCAGCGAGAAUGUCGUGGUGGAGUUCCGCGACUCCCAGGCAACUGCAAUGUCUGUGGACUGUCUGGGGCAGCACGCAGUGCUUUCCGGCCGCCGAUUCCUGUACAUCGUUAAUCUAGAUGCCCCUUUCGAAGGUCACCGAAAGAUCUCUCGCCAGAGCAAAUGGGACAUUGGAGCUGUGCAGUGGAACCCUCACGACAGCUUCGCGCACUAUUUUGCAGCUUCGAGUAACCAGCGGGUCGACCUGUAUAAGUGGAAGGACGGCAGUGGGGAAGUUGGCACAACCUUACAGGGCCACACUCGUGUCAUCAGCGACUUGGACUGGGCAGUGUUUGAGCCAGAUCUCCUGGUUACCAGCUCCGUGGACACCUACAUCUACAUUUGGGAUAUCAAAGACACAAGGAAACCUACCAUUGCACUGUCUGCCGUAGCGGGUGCCUCACAGGUCAAAUGGAAUAAAAAAAAUGCCAAUUGCCUUGCCACCAGUCAUGACGGGGAUGUGCGCAUUUGGGACAAGCGGAAACCCAGUAUAGCAGUGGAAUAUCUAGCAGCCCACCUUUCCAAAAUCCAUGGCCUGGACUGGCACCCAGAGAGCGAGCACAUUCUUGCUACCUCCAGCCAAGACAACUCUGUCAAGUUCUGGGAUUACCGCCAGCCUCGGAAAUACCUCAAUAUUCUCCCUUGCCAGGUGCCUGUCUGGAAGGCCAGAUACACUCCUUUCAGCAAUGGAUUAGUGACUGUGAUGGUUCCUCAACUUCGGAGGGAGAAUAGUCUUCUCCUGUGGAACGUCUUUGACUUGAACACCCCAGUCCACACCUUUGUGGGCCACGACGAUGUGGUGUUGGAGUUCCAGUGGAGGAAACAGAAGGAAGGGUCCAAGGACUACCAACUGGUUACAUGGUCACGGGAUCAGACCUUGAGAAUGUGGCGGGUGGAUUCCCAGAUGCAGAGGCUUUGUGCAAAUGACAUCUUAGACGGCGUCGAUGAGUUCAUCGAGAGUAUUUCUCUUCUGCCGGAACCAGAGAAAAUUCUUCACACUCAGGACACAGAUCACCAGCACACCUUAAGCCAUGGGGAGGAAGAAGUCUUAAAGGAAGACCCCCCGAGCAGUCUCCUGGAGGAGAAGAAGUCGGAUCAGCCGGGACUGCCUCAGACUCUGCAGCAGGAGUUCUCUCUGAUCAAUGUGCAGAUCCGGAACGUCAACGUGGAGAUGGAUGCAGCGGAUCGGAGCUGCACAGUGUCCGUGCACUGUAGCAACCAUCGCGUCAAGAUGCUGGUGAAGUUCCCUGCGCAGUACCCAAACAACGCCGCCCCUUCCUUCCAGUUUAUCAACCCCACAACCAUCACAUCCACAAUGAAAGCUAAGCUGCUAAAGAUCCUGAAAGACACUUCUCUGCAAAAAGUGAAACGCAACCAGAGUUGCCUGGAGCCCUGCCUGCGCCAGCUGGUCUCCUGCCUUGAGUCUUUUGUGAACCAAGAAGACAGCACGUCCAGCAACCCCUUUGCACUCCCAAACUCUGUUACACCGCCCUUACCCACGUUUGCCCGGGUAACCACUGCCUACGGGUCCUACCAGGAUGCCAAUAUUCCUUUUCCUAGGACCUCGGGGGCCAGGUUCUGUGGAGCAGGGUAUCUGGUGUAUUUCACAAGGCCUAUGACGAUGCAUCGCGCAGUGUCUCCGACAGAACCUACGCCAAGAUCUCUCUCAGCCUUGUCUGCUUAUCACACUGGCUUGAUUGCGCCCAUGAAGAUCCGCACAGAGGCCCCUGGGAACCUUCGUCUAUACAGUGGGAGCCCCACGCGCAGCGAGAAAGAGCAGGUCUCCAUCAGCUCCUUCUACUACAAGGAGCGGAAAUCAAGGAGAUGGAAAAGUAAACGCGAGGGAUCGGACUCCGGCAAUCGACCAAUCAAGGCUGCUGGGAAAGUUAUCAUCCAGGAUAUCGCAUGCCUUCUUCCUGUUCACAAGUCACUGGGAGAACUGUACAUACUGAAUGUAAAUGAUAUUCAAGAGACGUGUCAGAAGAAUGCGACUUCUGCCUUGCUUGUUGGAAGGAGGGACCUCGUUCAGGUUUGGUCGCUGGCUACGGUAGCUACAGAUCUUUGCCUUGGUCCAAAGUCUGACCCAGAUUUGGAAACUCCCUGGGCUCGACAUCCAUUCGGGCGACAGCUGCUGGAAUCCCUGUUGGCUCAUUACUGCCGACUCCGCGAUGUCCAGACGCUGGCGAUGCUCUGCAGCGUGUUCGAAGCCCAGUCUCAGCCUCAGGGAAUACCAAACCCUUUCGGGCCCUUUCCUAGUCGCUCAUCAAAUCUUGUAGUGUCCCAUAGUCGAUACCCCAGCUUUACCUCCUCUGGUUCCUGCUCCAGCAUGUCGGAUCCAGGGCUCAAUACCGGUGGCUGGAACAUAGCGGGGAGAGAAAUAGAACACAUAUCUUCACCUUGGGGAGAGUCUUCACCAGAAGAAAUCCGCUUUGGAAGUCUGACCUACAGUGACCCUCGGGAGCGAGAACGUGACCAGCAUGAUAAAAAUAAAAGGCUCCUGGACCCUGCCCAUGCCCAACAAUUUGAUGACUUUAAGAAAUGCUACGGAGAAAUCCUCUACCGCUGGGGGCUGAGAGAGAAGCGAGCGGAAGUGCUGAAGUUCGUUUCCUGUCCCCCUGACCCUCACAAGGGGAUCGAACUAAACUCAUGUCUCUUGUUUUGGCCGUCUCCACCUGCUUCCAGAGUUUGGCUUGUACUGCAGCCACUGCCGGAGCGAGGUCCGUGGCACGCAGUGCACCAUCUGCAAAGGCUUCACGUUCCAGUGUGCCAUCUGCCACGUCGCAGUUCGAGGAUCAUCCAACUUCUGCCUGACCUGUGGGCAUGGGGGACACACCAGCCACAUGAUGGAGUGGUUUAGGACCCAGGAGGUGUGUCCCACCGGGUGUGGGUGCCACUGCCUGCUGGAAAGCACUUUCUGAACUUACAGACUGUGAGAGUCAUUGGAAGACCCCGUAAGUGCCGGUGACAAGCUCUCUGCCAGGCGAGAGGCUGCAGAACCCAUUCCUGACUAGAGUGGAGUAUAGUCCUGUCACGGACUGUGCAGCACCAGCCGUCAUGAGCCUUGGCCCUCUCCUCUGUUGGCUGUUGGUGGCACGGAUGUCGCUGGAAGAGGAUGGUGGCAGGCAUGCCGAGCUGCAGAGCUGCAGAGCCGGGUGGAAGUUUUCUUGGAAAAAAGCACCUGCCCCCAGAGCCGUGUUCACUUGAAACUACUGAACAGCAUCGUUUCUGAUGCCAUCACAGAGACCAAGGUCAGAUGUAGAAGACAGUCUCCCGAGCCAAAGGACAGUGGAGAUUAAUUUAGUUGACAAGGUGGCCUAUGACAUAAGUUGGUAUAUUUUCUGAACUGAUGGCUAUUGGUCUUUUAAAAUAUGCUUAAAUUAUAAAUGUAUGAUGUACUUAAGGAUUAAGAUGUAUUUUUUGUUCCUUAUUUCUUUCAUUUGCUCUCCCUCGACUAAUAAAAAUCUAAUAAUUAUUUAAAAAA